UUUCAUGGUAUCUGUGAUCAGGAAAUUCAUUUUAUUUCUUCUCAGAACGCAUAGAUAGGGAAUAGUUAGUUAGGGUAAGUACCCAGAAUGACAUUCCAAUAUCUUUUUAUCUGUUUGAUGAUUAUCGUCUGCGUGUCCGUUCUACCUUCUACAGCUGAUCCAUGUCGCGAUAAUUUCGGGGGAUGUGAUAAACAAAAUGGACUGUGUUGGUAUACUGGAAGAACUUCUCAUUUUUGUUCUUGUAAAGCAGGUUACAAAGAGGAUACAACAGCUAUAGUUCACACUUGUAUUGAUGUGAAUGAAUGCGUGGAAGUCCGCCCUUGUGACGAAAAUGCAAUUUGUCAAAAUACAAACGGAAGUUAUAUUUGUCAUUGCAAAUGCGGAUAUAUCAUGGAUUACACCGGACAGCAUUGCGUGGAAGGAUCUAAAAUUGUGGGACAGUGCCUCCUCCCAUCUACUUGUAAACACCUAAUAUGGCGAUGGUUUAUAAAUAUUCCCUUCGAUAUCGAAUUUUCAAAAUGGAAUUUCAUUACAAACGUCGAUUCAACUCCGGAAAGAGUGCAAGAUAUCAACAAUCCUCAUGGAACAUGUAAAUGUGAAACAGGCUUCAGACUGAACUAUUGUGGGUAUUGCACAGACAUAGACGAAUGUUCAGAAGGUAAAAGCAAUUGUACCGGACCAACAGCAAAAUGCGUCAAUACCGAAGGAAGCUAUUACUGCGAGUGUUCGUCGGGUUACACGAUUGGCCCAUGCAAACGCAGAUGUUAUGCUGCGGGAGUCGAACCAUCUUUAUGUGAAACACCGGAUCUUUCAAGCUUAUCUAUUGCUGGACUUCCUUCAAAAUCACCUACCUUCAAUCUCCCGAUUGUAUUAGAUAACUGGAGAACAUGUGCAGACAAUGUUUCAAUGGGAGUUACGACUGUCGAACCUUAUGACGUUGAUCAAGAUGGAAUAACUGACGUAACCCUUACUUGGUUGUGCAAAGAAAAACGACCUGGAAGGGAAAGUAGUAGCGUUCUAAAAAAGUUCCAAGAAAAUGAAGCUGUGUGGGAAAAUUGGUCUUGUUGGACAGAAUGCAAAACUACUUGUUGGGGAGGGUUACAAACUCGUACACGGCGAUGUCUCCAUGGUCUUCCCGGACAGGACAUAGGCUGCAAAGGAGAAGGAAGUCAAUCAAGAGAAUGCUACACUGGAACUAAAUGCCAGUUUCGAGUCCGAAAAGAUGCUACCACUCUCACACCAACCGAGAUUCAAGAUUUUGUUCAAGCAAUGCGAAAGUAUAAGACGGACAUGUCAGUGAGGGGGUUCCACAAUGCAGCAUCUGCUCACGGUUGGCCAUUCCAAUGUGAAGGUCUCUCAUGUUGUCCACAUGGAGCUAAGAUGAAGUUUGCGGCGUGGCACAGAACUAUAGUCUUGAACUACGAAGAGGGUUUGUCAAGAUACAUGAAUAACAAAUCUCUUGGAUUGCCGUACUGGAACUGGUUAGCUAAAGACAGGAGCCCACCUAGUCUGGGAUGGGACAGGUUCAUCAAUGGACAGGAAAAUCCUUUCACAAAUAUGACUAUUAGAAUUGAUCUUGAGGGGCCAAUGAGAACAGUUCAAAGAGACCAAGUGAUAUUUACGCCACCUCUCGACUUUGCCCACAACCAAUGGAUCGACGUAGCUAACAAGCUCAAUCAAGCACACAAUAUGCAUGAAUUUUCAGAAGCUCUUGAAAGCGCUCACGGUGGCCCACAUGUUUCUGUGUGUGGAAAUGGCAGAUUUUCACCCAGAUGUUCAAUGUCAUUAGCUUCUUUAAGGUUUGCCGGGUUCGACCCUUUAUUCAUGAUGCAUCACACGCAAGUCGAUCGUUUAUGGGCGAUUUCACAACAGAAACUUAAAGAGUCUGGAACAGUAACGUGGACGACACAAACUGCCUUGGAAGCAAUGGAAGAACAAGGAGAUUUCGGACGAAGACACAUGCCAUUUGGAAACAAAACUAUAAACGCUUUUAAAAUUGUUCAAGCCGUCAACACUAUGCGAGACUCAUAUUAUUAUGAAGAACUGACAGGAGUGAAGUACGAUUACUUAGGAAACGACGGAUAUCCAAAAACUAAGACAAAUGGACUAGUCGUUGAGAGACUGCUUCGCGUUGGAGGCGCAGAAGUCCUUUUUAUUGCACACUAUCUCCGAAAUAUAAGAGGAAACAGCACAGCUUAUGUCAACUAUUAUCUGAUAUUUGGAUCUGAUGUUCCAUGUAAUGAACUAACUACAUGGGAUAGAGUCGCACAAAACAUUUUGUUACCUACUGGCAACAAUUAUAAAAAUUCUAUUCCAAAUUUGAUAAUGCUUCAAGAGUUUGGAUCCUCUGGCCUAGAUCGUGAUUAUGACAUAAAAGCCUGUUAUACCAGUGAUCCAUCUUGUUCCGAAUAUUGUACUGACGCUACAAAUCCAGGAUUAGAAGAAUUGCCUGCACCUGCUUUGGUACAUUACCUACCCAAUGAACCCGCUGAUGUAUACAAGUUCAAUUGGUCGCCUGAGAGGCCUCUCCCGACUUGGCAUAUAAAUCUUGACGGCAGCUCUCAAUGGCUUUAUUUUUAUGGCUCAAGAGCUGCCAAUAUUAUGCAGGUCGGGACUGCCGAAGAGUGGGAGAAUUGCAAUUCAACUUCGGGAAGACUGUUCAGGUGUUCUACCGCCUCAGGUGGUAGCGCUUGUAUGUUAAAAAUUGGGAUCUACUAUUUGAUUGACAAUGAAUACUCAUAUUGUAACAACUCAAUGAAAAUGAUCGUGAUAUCUCGAUCUUAGAUUUUUCCAAGCAACCGAAUGUUGAAAACCACUGAUGAAGUUUAUGUUAAGAAUACUGUACUUUACCGUCUCCCGUGUUUGAACAAUAUAUAUAUUGACGACUCAUAAAUAUACAGUUUACUACGCAAGAAAAUGUUUCUGUAAAAAUUUGAAAAUAAGGCGUAACGCUUUUUCAUUAUUUUGUGUUUUGUACUUAUUACACAGUAUACGAGCAUUCAGAAA